AUGCCAACUGGCGAUGGAGCGCAUGAAUUUAAGAAUAUCGCUGGCCAAGCGUCUCUGGAUGGUCAGGGAGGAACUGAGCCGCCAUCUCAAAUGAUAAGCGCUAGCGAACACCGCAACAUAUACUAUCGGUUAUAUACCAAAGGAGGCCCACUCGAAUCAAACAACCCGAUCUUCUCCAACGAUCGCUCCAUCAGUCGUAUCUCGUCUAAAUCAGUGAGGCCCCCUCGUACGGCCGCAUCACUGAAGAGGUACGUUUGCAAGAUUGAGGGCGUGGAAGGCCCGGAAAAGAGUGCUUUGUAUCUGUCACUGUCAGAAAAGAAGCCUGUGGACGACUCUGUUCGUCUUGCGCUCAGAGGGAACUCUGGGCCAGGAUCAUCUGAGGUUGACCCUGUAGUUUUCGUUGUCGAUAAGGGCGUCGCUGAGAAGAGACCGAAGUCUGCAAUACGAGCUUAUCCACGCCGCCUCGCUGAGUUGGCCAACCACAUCGGCUGCCCUCCACUUGUUGAACUUACCCGACGUUUCCUCUAUGACCAACUCCACACAGAUGACGGCACCUCAUCAGCCGACAUACCCAUUCAGCAAUGCCCAUAUCCAACAGGCAGGGUCUCUGUCUUCCACUCUGCCGUUGCCACCUUCUAUGCACCAAGCGACGAGUCAGGCAUCCGGGGCAUGCGAACCGAGCGUAUACGGUCCACUCCAUCUUGGCGCAAGCACGGCCCACGGCGCGAUUGUGCAUUAGUUGUUGAGGACCAAGACAAGCCGGGCAUGAAGGGGAUGAGCGUGGUCCGCGUGAAACUUCUCUUUUCAUUCGAGUAUGAUGGGAAGACGUAUCCGUGUGCGCUCGUUGAUUGGUUCAAACGUGUGGGCGCGUCACCCGAUCCGGAAACAGGGAUGUGGAAGCUCAAACGCGCCAAACCUCACAAGCGCCGCCAAACAAUGUGCUAUCUUGCUGAUGACGUCUGCAAGAUUGAGGGCGUGGAAGGCCCAGAAAAGAGCGCUUUGUAUCUGUCGCUGUCAGGAACGAAGCCUGUGGACGAUUCUGCUCGUAUUACACCCAGAGGAAACUCCGGGUCAGGAUCAUCUGAGGUUGACCCUGUAGUUUUCGUUGUUGAUAAGGGCGCCGCUGAGAAGAGACCAAAGUCUGCGAGUAAUGCGGGCUCGAAUGAAUUGCCUGCACAGAAGAUUGAACAACGUUAUGUGUAUUACCGACUUUACGACGAUGAUGGCGAAGUUGUCUCGAAAACGUCGUUUGACGAGAGCGACUCUUCUUUGGGUCGCAUUGACAUAUUUACCAUUCCGCCACCUCACACAGUCGCUUCCUUGAAAGAUCGUCUCAUUCAUGUAGAAGGGGUCUUGGGUCACGAUGUUCAGUUGCUUGAAAACGAGGAUGGAGAGGUUACCUUGAACGAUGGCGAUGUCAUUUCCCUUCUCACUGACAAUUGUCCAGGCUCAAAGGAGGGACAGCCGAUAGUGUUCACAUAUGCACGGAACGGUUCUGAUAAAACGACGGCACCGGGGACUCAUCCUUCCUUUUCGAAACGUCUUACAGCCAGUAGAAAUUGGGCCGGCGCGAGUCAUGAUGCCGCGUGGCAUUCAGUGGCGGCUGGAGAGAUCCUUCAAACAGACGGAGUUUUUUGGAAAGAAAGCUUGUAUGUUCCUCCUGUCAUCCUUUGGUUUGAGGGUGGGACGUUCUUACAUGUCAUUUUUCUGCAGUUGUUUACUCAGUCUCUUGAAAUUAGCCUGGGUUAG